UAUUAAGUAAAGUUACCACAUAUUUUGGCGACGAGGUGAAUUUUUUUUUCGCGCGGAGGGAGUGCUGGCAAGAUGACUACUUUCGGGACUGUGGGUGAAUUCGUGGAGGGAACCGAGGAUUGGACAGAGUACGAAGAAAGUAACACUGACACUGUCUCCAUCCACACCCGUCACCUCCUGUUUGUCCACUGACAGCCCUGGAGGACUUCAACACACAGCUUGCGUGAUGCUGCAAGCAAGACUCUCUGGGAGAAGCCCACACACCGUAACCUUCACAGCUAAGAUCCAGAGGUGAGUCUAACACUAAAUAUAUAAAAAUACAUGCAAACAUUUUAAUGUCAAUAAAAAUGAAUGUGCAAUUUUAUAUAAUGCACACAAGCCAGAUAAGGAUAAACAGGUGAAAGAUGGCUAGAUAUAUGGAUUGCAUAUAAUUAUCACCAAUGAGGUCUCAGAUGAGAAUGUACAAGACUUAAAUGGGUGCUCAAAACACACCCAAAGCAUUCCUGUCUUCAGAUUAAAAAUGACAUAACGUCCUGUCCUGCCUUGGACCACAUGGAAUAGAUCACAAUCCUGUACCUGUAAGUUAUGGAAGUAGGAUUGAUGGAUGGAUAAAACGAAAGCUUGAGAAAAAGUGAAAUAUCCACUCUAGUUAUGAUUCUCAGUUAAAGGUUUUCAAAAUAUAAAACUUAUAUAUUUAUAAUCAAUACACCAAUAGGAAGUACAAAAAAAUGGGUUGAAAAAAUGUUUUUGAAUACAAAAAAAUAAGCUCUCCCAAGCGGAUAUCUCCUUCAGAAUCUUGAUUGUUAGGACAAUUUUUAUUCGAAAAGUCUGGGUAUUUAAAUGGUUUUUCCACAUUUUCCCCAAUUUCUCCCAAUUUUCCUCUGCUGUGUGAGCUGCUAGCCACCAGCCUCUUCUUUCAAACAUGCUGUAGGAUUCACUGAGUGUCUCUCCUCUGAUAUCGAUGUGCUUGGAGGAAAGUGCUGUUCUGCUGGGUUUAUUGCACUGGACUCCAUCUUUAGUUCUGGGAAAUAAACAUGGAAUUCACAGAAAGCUGUAAGUCUGACUUAGCACCCAAGAUAAUGGAGAAGAAAUUGUUUGCCAAAAAUAAUGAAAUGGAAGGAGACAGUGGAAAACAGCUUCAAAACAGUCAUGACUCCAUCUAUUGUUCAGAAUGUGUCACUGACCUGAUCAUGAAGAAGGAUGAACAGCCCCCUGUGGCCCUUACCCCACAAACAGCCCAGCCCCCCCUGGCCCUAACCCUGCAGACACCCCAGAGGGCGCAGCAGUUGCCCUACCUCUUGCUGUCCUCUGACAGCAGCAGCCCCCAGCGUGCCCUGGAUACAUGGGAGUGGAAAAGCAGCCUCAGGGUGCAGAUGGAAGGAGUCCUCAGCACUGGAGGGGCCAGAAGUACCAACUCCCUGGAAAGGGCCUUGCACCUGUGUGCCUUUGGGUCUCCUACAGGCCUCAGCUCUGACCCUAUGAGCCCUGUAGGCUCUCCUAAGAAAGUCAAGGCCUGCAGCCGCUUGUCGCAUUUCCUGCCAUCCUGGAACAGCAGCUCUGAGUCAGACUCUGGUCAUUCCACCAGCUCCACCUCCAAGAAGUCACGUGACCACCCUGGGAAGACGGAGGUGGAACCCAGAGGGGAGGAUGCAAGCUACAACCAUUACUUUGAGCCCAUCAUCUCCAAAGUGACGGACUACAUCUAUGUGGGCAACCUGAACGCAGCUUACAGCGGGCUGACGCUGUGCCGCAGCCACAUCGACAGCAUCAUCGACAUGAGCAAUGUGUCGCCUGAGCGCGUCCUACUCCUCAUCCCCUGCUCUUGCUCUCGUGGAGGCCGGCACAGCUGGUCCCGGCUCAAGGUGGACAUUGGGGACCUGUCCAUGGCAGCAGAGGGCCUGGUCAACCAGCAGCUCCGCUUCAGCGACAUCAACGAAUGCAUAGAUGCCUCCGCUGAGAAGCGGAAGCGUGUCCUGGUGCACUGUCUUGAUGGGUUCUCCCUCGCUCCUACCUGCGUCAUCCAGUACCUCAUGGUCAAGAGGAACAUGACGCUGAUUGCUGCCUAUGAGCUCUUGAAGGCAAAGCACCCAGUGAACCUCAAGGAGAGCCACCAGAAUGUUCUGGUUAGCUUGGAGCAGGCGCUCAGGCCCUGGAACAAGGUUGACCCUGAAUGCUGCAAACAGGCCCUUUCCAGGAAAGUAGCAUGGAGGUGGCAAGCCCAUUAGAGAGGGGACCCACAUGCCUUCUUCGGGCUGUGCCUGACUAGGCCCCAUGGGUGCAGGUCUGGCCACCAGGCGCUUGCCAUCGAGCCCCACCCCCAGGCCUGGCUCCGGGGGAGGGGGCCUCGGUGACCUACGUCCAGGUGAGGGGAAACGUGGAGCUAUGUUUUUACUCAUCAUAAGGGGUCUGGUGAGCUGCACUUCGUCUGGUUCCUCACCCAGGACCUGUUUGCCUUGGGUGACCCUCCCAGAGGCAUAAAGCCCUGGGCAACUUAGCUCCUGGGAUCAUUGGUACAUGCAAACCCCUCCACCAAGAUAAGGUGUCCGCACCAGGAGAGGGAGUCCUUCCCCAAGUGGAGGAGUUUAAGUAUCUCGGGGUCUUGUUCAUGAGUGAGGGGAGGAUGGAGCAGGAGAUUGACAGGCGGAUCAUUGUGCCGUCAGCAGUGAUGCGGGCGCUGCUUCAGUCUGUCAUGGUGAAGAAGGAGCUGAGCCAAGGUUGUGAAUACAAGUGGCAGAAAUGGGUUUCCUUCGCAGGGUGGCUGGGCUCUCCCUUAGAGAUAGGUUGAGAAGCUCGGUCAUUCGGGAGGGACUCAGAGUAGAGCCGCUGCUCCUCCACAUUGAGAGGAGCCAGAUGAGGUGGCUCGGGCAUCUGGUCAGGAUGCCUCCUGGACGCCUCCCUGGGGAGGUGUUCCAGGCAUGUCCCACUGAGAGGAAGCCCUGGGGAAGACCCAGGACACGCUCGAGAGACUAUGUCUCCCGGCUGGACUGGGAACGCCUCGGGAUCCCCCCAGAGGAGCUGGACAAAGUGGCCAGGGAGAGGGAAGUCUGGGUUUCCAUGCUUAGACUGCUGCCCCUGCAACCCGACUCGGAAAAGCAGUUGGUGAUGGAUGGAUGAACAUAACCAUUCUUCUCCCUAAUUUUAACAAAGAGAUACAAAACAGUGACUGUUAGCUUUAGGCACAUAUAAUGUAUGAUUAUCUGACAAAACAACAUACUGCUUUUUGUCUCUUUUGAACAACCAAACAGUCUGUUUUGUUUAACUAAAGAUAAAGGUUUUAUCAAAUUUAAUUGAAAAAAGAUAAAUAAUAUGCAUGUUUCUUUUUCUUACAUCAUAUUGUGAUAAUUUGCCUGUACUUCUUGGAACAUAUUGUACACCUUACUUAUAUGUUAUUAUAAGCUGUAAUUAACUGACCAAAGGAUCUUAUAAACCUUAUAAACAGAAGGCCAUUGACUUAAGCUGAGAGACAGUUUUAUUGGUUGAAGGGAUCAUGUGGGACAGUGACUCUCACAAGUCCUCACAUGUACCAUCUUGUUGACCAUAUGUACCUUCUGGGAUGUUGGGCAGUCUGUAGAUCUCCCGCUCCCUUCUUCCCUCACUCGUGAACAUGAGCCCGAGAUACAGUACUGGAACUUCUUUGCAAGAGGCAAUAACUCCUCUUCCACCAGGAGAGGGCAAUCCACUCUUUUCCAAUUCAGAACAAUGAUCUUGGACUUGGAGAUGUGAUCCUCAUUCCAGCAGCUUCGCCCUGAGCUGUCCAACAGACAUCCAUCACACAUGGCAAGGUUAUGCAGCAUACAACAUGCCACAAAGAAUGCUGUGACCUUCUGUUGUUCCACCUGACUAAUCUGAAUAUCUGAAACAAAUGUCCUUUCAAUUGCUGAAUGUGCGUAAAUCUGAUAAUGAACUCAAAAGAUUUUUUAAUCUUACGGUUCGUUCUUUAUAUGUAUUGUUUUUCUUUUGGUUUCAUUAAAUAAUAUGAUUAUGUGAA